UAGAAGAAAAUAUUCCAUAUCCGAUAACUGGGCCAAAAUAUUAUUAUAGUGAUACACAAUUUACUUGUAUACUGGAAAAUCAUACAUAAUAAAAAGUUAUAAUAUUUAGACCGGCUACAACUCUACCAUCACACCCGACCAGAAAUACACUACACUAUUUCAAGUCAGACACAAACUCGGUUAAUUGAGAAAGCUAGAUAUUUGUAACUCAUACCCCGAAUUCGUUAUCACGAGGCAAAAUAUUCAACACAAACACAUUAAUUGAACUCGUAGGUCCUAAGUUAAAACUCAAACUUCAUAUUUUGACCCGUAGGGCUAAAGUUACAACCCAAACACCUUAAUUAAACUCCUAGUGCUGAAGUUACAACUCCAACAUCAUAUUUUAACCCGUAGGGCUAAAGUUCCAACUCAAACACCUUAAUUUAACUCGUAGGGGCUAAAGUUACAACUCCAACUUCAAAUUUUAAACCGUAGGGCAAAAGUUACAACUAAAACACCUUAAUUGACCUCGUAGGGCUAAAGUUACAACUCCAACUUCAUAUUUUUAACCGUAGGGCUAAAGUUACAACUCAAACACCUUAAUUGAACUCGUAGGGGCUAAAGUUACAACUCCAACUUCAAAUUUUAACCCGUAGGGGCUAAAGUUACAACUCCAACUUCAUAUUUUUAACCGUAGGGGCUAAAGUUACAACUCCAACUUCAUAUUUUCACCCGUAGGUCUAAAGUUGCAACUCAAACACCUUAAUUGAACUCGUAGGGCUAAAGUUACAACUCAAACUUCAUAUUAUGACCCGUAGGUCUAACGUUACUACUCAAACAUAUUAUCCGGACUUGUAGGACUCAAGUUAUAACCCAAACACUAUAUUCGGGCCGGAGGGGUUAAAGUCACAACUCAACAGCUUUUAAUCAUCCUCGUAGCGCAGAACUUACAACUUAAACACCAUAACCAGAUCGUCGGAGCUGAAGUUUGAAGACCUGCGUUAUGGCGACGUGGUCGACGCGAGCUGCAGUUCGUGGUACAGGACCGCCUUGGUCUAUCCCAAACCCAGAAUUUUUACGAGCUUCAAGGUCCCCGAGUGAAAGCUCGAGUGUCUUUAGUCCUCGGCCCCUGAGCAUGGAUUUGGGCGAGCCUUCCACCCCUCUAAGAGACCUCGACUGGUUAUCGGAAUGUCAGCUGUCGGCUCACGGUGAUCUGACUGUGACCGAGAGGUUGGCAACCCUGCUGGACACCGGUCAGUUUGCGGACGUCACCAUCAGAGUGGGGCAAGGCUCGGACUAUACAACUUUUAAGGCUCAUCGGCUGCUGCUGGCGACAGCGAGCCAGCCGCUGUACAGGCUCGUGUCGACGGUACAGCACGGCCAUGCAGACCUCAACACGUUCCGUAUCACCGACAUCGAACCCAAGGCCUUCAAGAACGUCCUCAAGUACAUAUAUACCGACGAAGUGAGCGUCAACUCUGUAGUAGAUGCGUUCGCUCUACUAAAAGCUGGCAAGAAAUGGAAUCUGAAGAAAAUGAACGCGCAAACCAUCAAGUACAUUGAGAGUUUUCUAGACGACUACGCUCCCAAUGACGACCAGAAGAAAAAUGAGAUUUUCGACCUUCUGGUUUUGUCCGAAGCGCACUCGGCAGAACUUUUCGAAAAAUGCCUCGGUAUCGUCAUCAAGUUUGCGAAUGAACUAAUACCUUGCCAGGGCUUUCUUAGAAUGGAUGAAAAAACCAUUCGGAAACUCAUAGGCGAUCCGAGAUUCAAAUAUGAAAACCAACUGGGAUUGUUCGAGGCCAUCAGAGACUGGGGUAUGAAUCAGAUCCUGCUGAAAGGUUUGAAUCCUUCGCAACUACAUCCCAUCAUCGAGGAUUUGCUCGCCCAUGUAAAUUUCGACGAUAUCCAAGACAAAGACUUCAUGGGCACCAUUCUUCCGUCCGAGUGUCUGGGUCGAGCUGACAUCAUUUCUUUCUUCAUGAACCGCGGCAUGGAAGUGCCCCGUGACAACGCCUUUGGCAAGCAGGACGGUAGCAUGCUACAAAAUGGUCACGUCGACAGCUUCCAAACUGCUCGUCGCUGCAAGAAAGGCUUCAAGCUCCCGCCUAAAGAGAUCUACCAGGAGCACGAGCUACGCUUCAGAGUGGACAAGAACAUCAGACUGCUGGGCGUGGGCUUUGGCUUCCUCUUCAGCAACACCGACAUGGGCGUCACCGUGCACUGCCAGGGGCCCUGGGAGCGUGUACAGUGGACGGAUAUGGUCCAGACGUAUUGCCGCGUGAGCUGGGAGACGAUGCGAUCUGCUAACUUACACCUUAUGUUCUCGGAGCCUGCUAGACUGGAAGCCAAUCACAGUUAUAAGGUCUUGGUGCGAGUCACGAGGAUGACCUCUGGAAGCACGGAAGUAGAGCUGUGGGGAGGCAAAGAUGGUCAGCCUUUCAUAGAAACAGAAGAUGCCAAAUUUUAUUUUCUGAAAGCUGCUGUGGACCCCAAAACUGAACCUGACUCGAGAGAAAUGGACACCAAGCAAGGGAUGAUCACCGAUCUUUUGUACGUAGUUGACGACUCCCCACCAUCGAAAGUGGAAGAAAUCAACAUCCGGCGUAGACGACCCGUCGUGGAGCCAGAAGAAGUUAGCAAAGCGCCAGAAGAGGUAACAAAAACUGUGACUAGAAGAAGGAAUAUAGAAGAAAACGAAACUCCGGUGGAAACUUCGAAUUUGGCUAGACGCCGGGAAGCGGGAGGCACUUACCUCAGAUGGCAACAUCCUGCCAUGUCAAUUGCCACCGAUCUUAAACCCAGCCGCUGGGCAGCUAAAGAGAAAACUCCAGAAGUCAAAGAAGCUCCGAAAACGCCUGAAAAGAGCGACUCGACCCCAUCGUUCCUCAGACAACGAUCUCCAGCAACGGAGAACCGCCUCACUGAAACACCGAGCUUCUUGCGACCUAAACCAGCAGCCGCUAACCCACCAGACUCUCCAUUUGGGGAAAGAUUGUCACGACCCACAGCACGUCCGUGGACCCGCACUCGAGCUACUGCGAUAACAAACGAUGCCACAACCAACGACACGUCGACUGCGAUCAGCAGAUUCGCUAACAGAUCCACGCCCUCAGUUGUUUCAAGAUUCGGACGGGACUCGGCAACAACAACAUCGAGAAUUGGCCAGGAUUCUUCGUACUCGCGAUACGGGCGAGGUGAUUCUUCGUCAAAAGAUGCAGCAGGUUCACAUAUCAACACAGACACUACUAACGCUUCUUAUUCCAAGUACGGUCGAGAUUCAUCGUCUUCGAGAGACACCGGUUCUUCAGCGCUGACCAAUUCUAACGACACGGGAUCUUCGCUCUAUAGGCGCUCUUCUGCAACUAUAACGUCAACUCUACCGUCAUACCUGAGGCGCGACUCAGGCGUGUCUACAACACCGAGUUCUUCCCUCGCUCGUAGCAACUCUACCCGCCUCAGCAGCGAGCUCUCAAGCUCCAAGUUUGGGACCAGGUUUGGCAGAGAUUCUUCUGGCAGUCGAUACGGAACUUCAUACGGCAGCUCAUACGGUACAGGUUCCAGCUCAUAUGGAACAGGUUUCAGUGGCAGUAGAUUUCUGUCGAGUGGUUACGUAAGUAGGUUUAGAUAAAAUUUUUAAUUUCCUAGCCACCAAUGUAGCUUUUCUUAUUUCGCUAAUGUAGAGUCGUUAGAGACAGUCAAAUCUGUGAAAGAAAACUACUUCAUUAGGAUACUAAUG